GUCACAUUUGUUUGGGCUUCCUGACGGAGUGUAUGUAUGCUUACAACCGGUCUGUAACCGCCAUUGUUUCUAUUGUAGAUUUUGUACGAGGGAAGGAAACGUGUGUUGGUUCCUCAGAUUGUCUGUGGAUUAUACCUCAGUGAAAGCCUACGUUAUUCGGCCUUAGUAUGGAGUUGUUAGGCGUUAUCUUUCUACUCGGAUCGCUUGUAAAGACUAUCACAGCCGGGGUGACAAUGGAGGUGAAAUUCGUCCACUACAAGAACCCGGAUGGAGAAGGAAGCAACGGCGAGUGUUGUGACGGGAAAUCUGUGUUCUGUUUCUCAGCGUGUGAUCACAAGUUCAAUAUCUGUCUGGAUAAGGCAACAGGGUCCAACAGUAUAAGCGACUGUCCCUAUGGGAAUUUCAUAUCAUCAGAAAUAACAGAUGCUGACACAAUAACAUUCGGAUCGUCCUUUGGUGGAGUGAAAAACCCGAUGUUCUUCAGAAUGAAAUCCUGGCCGGGUUCAGUGAAACUGAAAGUGGUUGUACAUGACGCUGAUCCGGGCUCUAAUCCGUCAGAUCACGUAGAAUCACUACAAAGAGAGAUAUCAGAGAAAGUGUCACCCGAUAGAGCAUCAGCUACAACCUCAAGUUAUACACUUAAGAAGAGGACUACGCUGUCAGUGAAGGUAAAGACCUAUUGUGACAAGAAUUACUAUGGAGCAGCAUGUGACACAUUUUGUUUACCACAAAAUAACACAAAAGGACACUACACGUGUGACAAGAAUGACGGCAAACGUGUAUGUCUACCUGGCUGGCAAGGGACUUUCUGUGACGACAACGGGGUCAACGAGUGCUUCGACAACGACCCCUGUCAUAACAAUCACGUGUGUCUCGAUAGACCUGUUGGAUACGAGUGUGCAUGUCCAUUAGGAACAUCUGGAGAAAAUUGCAGUUCUGUGGACUUCACGUGUGCUGACACGCCUUGUAAAAACGGAGGAAAUUGUUCCAUAGAAUCUGGAAACCUAACGUGCACCUGUCCGCUGGGUUGGAAAGGCGAUUUGUGUGAGGAAGCCGUGAAUCCAUGUGGCGAUAGUCCAUGUGAAAACAACGGCACGUGCUCCAUUGAACACUUCGGAUUUUCGUGUCUUUGUCACGAGGGAUUCGUCGGUGAUGUUUGUAAUAUCACAGACGUGACGACAACGACGUUCAUUGAGACGACAACUAUAACCGUCGAUACAACAACUGGAGAAAUGACAACUGACACAAUAGAAAUUAACUCUACAGAAGUUAUUCCAACAACUACGCACCUUCCUGAAACGUCAACAGCAUUGAGACUAGCAUUUAUAAUGCUCAAAGGGAGAUUACUGGGAGGUAACAAAGAUGACGUUCGAAAAGGUAUAAAGAAUCUCCUGAUGGAUCAAAUGAACUUGAAAGGCGACGUGCAGAUUGUUCUUCAGAAUAAACCAACGCUACUUAAAAAUGGAGAAAUAGUCACCAAAGUUAUCGUAGGUGUGCGGGAAAAUGGUAACUUUUUGGAACCAGAGUCCAUACAGAAGGUAUUCCAGGAGACAGACAUGGCGGUGCUGGAGCAAUACAUACCCUUACCUAUCUACCGAGAGGGGGCGCCAAGGACGGCACCACUACUUGAGGGUCACAAUAGUUGGAUCCAUGAUAACUGGUACGUCGUCCUUGUCGUUUUCGUUGUCAUCAUCGCCUUGUGUAUAUUACUCACAGCGUUCAUCGUGUAUAAGAGGAAAAGAUCUGUUGGCAUGGGACAGAAGGAUGUUGUUGCCAGACCUAACUCCAGUGUAAGUGACGCGUUUCCAGCCCAAUCCUUCGAGAAUUCCUUAUAUUUUGAAAUGAACAACCAUCAGCGGAAGAGCAGUAACACAAGAGUUAAAGUCAACGUGAAUCCCACAUCCUAACAUUUCGCCUGAUCAAUCCAUUGCCAUUACAAUAUUUCCAUACCUGUCACAUUCAUGUGCAUGUCAUUACAAAAAGGAGAAACACCUAAGUCAUGGGAGUUGAAGAAUUUUAUAGGGAAACAAUGAAGAAAUCAUGACCAUUAGAGAAUAGUGUGGAAUGCACGACAGUGUUACUAGUGUAACUACCAAUAACACGUGGUAACUGAUACGUCUGGUUAUCGGGGAAGGGACCAAAGCCUUCGGAACAAACGGGAUUUGGAGGAUGAACGACGUUGAUGUGAGCUUGACUUACAGGCCAUUUUUGGUAUAAUUAACCGUCAAACGGAAACGAUAAAUGGUGUUGUGAUAAAACUUUAUUUUCGUACUAACUGUGGAUUAUAGAUAUUCAAUUAAAUACAAUAACAGAAAUUACUGAUUUUGAUAAAGACUUUCAUAUAAUUCAAAAUGUUGUGUCUUCAUAUAACGUCACCUUAAGACUGAACAAUUACACAUGUACAUUUUACCCUCUCAAAUCAACUGCUUUCCUUUACAGACACAUGUACAGAUACAUUCUCAUCACACACAUAAAUAUAUCUACUUACUAUACAACUUGGUGCAUGUUUGAUUAUAAAAUCAAUCUAUAUAUAUAUCUAUUGUUUGUUUAUGUAUGUUGGUUAAUGUUACAUAUAGAUAAUCGUUUGAUGUUUUAACUGUAAAGCUACUUAAUUCAACGAGUCGCCAUUAAAGACACUAUAUCUGGUUCUUGUGACCGUUCGUCAAUAUUCUAACGGUACGCGAUCAACACAUGGUUAAAACAGGCCUUUUAGAAUUAGAUCUUAGUGCUAACGUAAAUAUCGAUUCUGACGAUAGUGUUAAUUUAUCGACGAUAUAUAUUAUAUUAUAUUAAAAAAUGUUCUUCUCUGUUAUAUUAUGAAAUAAGUAAACAUGGAACUCUACAUCCUAUUACUAUUACAAUGUACGUAAAACCAUAUAUUCAUCUGGUAAAAUUCAUUCAAACUAGUUAAGUAGUACAUAAACACUAGGUUUAAUAAAUCACAAUAUGGCGACUGAAAUGUUUCCUGGCUGAACAUAUGUUUUAAAUGCAAGAUUUUGAACCGUAAUAUAUGUUAACUCUGUGUGUGUUUGUGAAGUGUGCAUGAAAUAAAUGAACUUUGAAUAUUGAUGUAAGAUAUGUAGAAUGGAGUUUACGUGUUCCUGAAUAUUAAAUUGUUUUAUGAUAA